CACGAGUGCAGUGAGGAGCGGGUGGGUAGUAGAAGGAGGAGGACGUUGUUAAGAAGUAAAAGGGAGAGAGUGAUGCUGUUGCUAGGGAACAGUGAAAAUGAGCCGUCCAUCUUUAGGAGCCGAAACAGAGACAGGGUUCUGUUCUGUUAGUCUGGCAAAAUAAACCCCGUGUUAUUACAGGCUGAGGGGGGGGUUAUUUUCUCGUUAUGUAGAGAGAGAGAGAGAAUCUCAGAGCAGGAGGACAGACAGCAGAGAACCCAGGUGAGAUUACGUAAUCGUCACAUCAGUGCUUGGUGGUUGCCGGUGUGGAGGGACUGGGACUGUAGCCUGACAUGUUAACCACAAUCCCUCGGGGCAAUGAAGCGCUUGGACACAGAGCCGUGCUGCAGGAGGCACAGGAGGCAAAGAACAUCUGCAUUCAACACUUCUGGAUGAACAGGGCGGUGUGUGGAUGCUGAACAGAGAAGGGCAUCUGGAAGCAGACGGGAUAGACACAGCACUCAGACACACACACACACACACACACGAAAUCUAGCCACACCGGCCUGUCUGUCCAGCGCAGGAGAGAGAAAGAGAAGGAAAAAGGAAGAGGGACAGCGCAUGUGACUUCCUCGUCUUACACAAGUGGAGCGCUAUGGAUAUAAGUAUGGCAAAAAAACAAGCCCAGGCCUGAGCGAGGGAAUACACACACACACACACACACACACGGAACAACAGAGAACACCCAGAGAGAAAGGCGUAUACUGUCCUUCCUGCAGAGUGACCUGUCCGCACCUCUGGACAGGAGGAUGGGUACGACAGAAGCCACUCUCCGCAUGGAAAACUUGGAGGUCAAGGAUGAGUGGCAGGAUGAAGAUUUCCCACGGCCUUUGCCGGAGGAUGGAGACCAUGAUGGACUUACUGACAAUCGCACGUCUCCCCCUGGCUCUCUGCAUGGAGGUCAUGGAGACUCAGCAGCUCAAAGUAAACGGAGGACUCUCAUUGCACCAGACAUCAAUCUGUCCUUGGACCGGAGCGAAGGUUCCCUCCUGUCCGAUGACAUCCUGGACACUCCGGAUGAUCUGGACCUUAAUGUAGAAGACAUGGACACACCAGACGAAACAGACUCUUUAGAGUUCAUCACCAGCGGAAAUGAGUUGGAGUGGGAAGAUGAUGCCCUUGUGGCACGAGCUAAAGUGGGUCCAAGUGACGGAUCGGGUCAGGGUGCUGAAGAGGGAGAUGGGACUGCUCGCCUGUGGAGGACGGUGAUCAUUGGAGAUCAGGAGCACCGGAUAGACAUGCAAGUCAUCAGGCCAUACCUGCGUGUGGUCACUCAUGGAGGUUAUUACGGCGAAGGUCUGAAUGCCAUCAUUGUGUUUGCGGCCUGCUACCUCCCGGACAGCGGCUGUGCCGACUACCAUUACAUCAUGGAGAACCUCUUCCUGUAUGUGAUCAGCAGUUUGGAGUUACUCGUAGCUGAGGACUAUAUGAUCAUAUACCUGAAUGGAGCAACUCCACGCAGGAGGAUGCCUGGCAUCAGCUGGCUCAAGAGGUGCUACCAGAUGAUCGAUAGAAGGUUAAGGAAGAAUCUGAAAUGUCUGAUUAUUGCACACCCAUCCUGGUUUAUUCGGACGGUUCUGGCCAUCUCACGCCCUUUCAUUAGAAUCAAACCGCACUCUCUUGCCAGUGUGAAGUUCCUGGAUAAGGUUCGCUACGUGCAGAGUCUGGAGGAGUUGGCUCAGAUCGUCCCUAUGGAGCAUGUGCAGAUCCCUGAGUGUGUGCUGCAAUAUGAUGAGGAGCGUCUCAAGGCCCAGACAGAAAGGCUUGCUGAAGACCAGAGACAGAGUGACAAAUCAGACUCAGAAAGGCCCAGAUCGGUGGCUGCAGAGGCUUGUCCAUGACCGUAGCGACAGACAAAGAGCCGUGUGAGCGUUCUUCCUGGAACAUCAUCAUCCUCUCCGUAUGUUUUCUACAAAUCAUCUGGCUGAAAAGGAGCUGUUAAGAGACUUUAUAUAUGCAAUCAGUGGCCACUUUAAUAGGAACAUCUGCCCGCUUGCAAUUCUUUUCCAAUCAUGUGGCAGCAGCAGUAGACUGGGAAGGUAGUCUGUCCAGUUUAGGUGCCCGCUGUAGCCUCAUAUUCCUGUUCUUGGCAGAUGGGAGUGGAAUGCUAAUGUCUUUUAGCCUAUCAUGGUUCAGUGUGUUGUGCAUUCUGAGAUAGUGGUUGACUUAUCCUAGACUUCCUGUCAGCUCAAACCAGUCUGGUCAUUUUCCUCUGACCUUUUUCGUCAAAGUAGAACUACUUCACACCUUUGUCUGUGCAUGAAACCCUAAGAAUUUAGCAGUUUCAGGUCACCGAACAGUUUCUGACCAAAGUCAGUGAGAUCAUAUUUUAUCUCACUCUUCAUUGAUUAGCUGAUUGAGCAGAUGUGUUCCUAUUAAAAUGGCCACUAAGCAUUUUCUCCUUACCGUGCAAACGACUCUUAAUGUGAAUAGAGACGUUGCAUCAUAUAAAAAAUAGCAGCUUAUCUAUUAAAAAAAAGCACAAAGCUGUAACUUUUUUUUUAAAUCAGAUAUCAACUUAAGUCUCAUCCUCGACCAGAAGGCGUAAGGAAGGAAACCUGUUCUGAUGUCAUUAAGUGUAGGACUGUAGUGUGUAAAUUCUGUGGAGAAGCUCAGCAUGGACAGCUAUGUAUUUUUGUCUUGCACUGGUCCAGUUGCACUAAUUGCUUUAACGUUUGUAUUUACUAACACACACACACACAUAUAGUCAGGGGAUCAUCAUCAUCAUCAUCAUCAAUCCAGACAUCAUUCACACCAGCAGACUUUUGCUAGAAACUGUAAAUGAAAUCCAGCCAUUCUGUAAACUGUUAACUACUGCUCCUGUUUUUGUUUAGUUUUUUGUCCAAGUUCUCCCUUUAUAGCAAACGUUCAUAACAACACUUCAUAAAUAAUUCACUACGGGAUUUUACGCUUUGUGUAUUAAUGCAUUCCUAAAAACAGGUUGUAAUAAUAAUAAACUAAACGCAAUAGUUCUUAAUGGUGAAUGUUCGCUCAGACAUUUCUCAAUAAUAUUCGUUUCCUACUAUCAUGUAACUACAGGAUUUCUAAACGUUUAUGAUGUACUGGGACUACAGGAUUUCUUAAAACAAAUAAAUAAAUAAAAAAAAUGUCUAAAAAUUUCCUACGGGAAUUCGAUUUCAUUCCGACGCUGAUUCAGGAGGGAUAUUUUAAAAAUGCUGUAGCCACGUAGCCAUUGUACAUAUUUCCUGAUAACACUGUACAGUGUAUUGUAAAGUAAAACAUUUGUAUCACGCCAUGUUUCUGUCCCAUAGAUAAGGUUUCGUGUGAAUGACGUGACUGUGAUCGUCCAAGCAGACGUGACAUAAUAAAGUGAAAAAUUCAGAGGAAUCGAACA